CCGCAAUGGAGUGAGUGUGCGACUCUGAUCCUACUUCCGAAAGUGCUUCAGAUUCCGCUGAGGGCACAGUCGGCCAACUUAUUGACCAGGACUCUAUUUCCCGAGGUGCAGCGCGACCCAUCGUCCCCGCGGGCCACUCUGAGGCCUUUGCGGACUCCAUUUCCCGGCGUGCCACGCGGCUUUCUGUGAGGGCCGAGAGCGGCGACGGCGGCGCGCAGGGCCCGCGGACUGCAUCUCCCGGCGUGCCCCGCGGCGGGCGCUGGGCCGGAGCCGGAGCCCGAGCGGCGCGGCCUGGAAGAGGCCGGAGCCCGGGGGAGGCGGCGGCAGCGGCAGCGGCGGGGGCAGCCCGGGCAGCCCGAGCCCCGCGGCCUGAGCCUGCGCCCGGCGCCAUGAGCGGUGGCGCGCCUUCAGGGGGCGGCCCUGGGGGCUCGGGCCGGGCGCGGACCAGCUCGUUCGCGGAGCCAGGCGGCGGCGGCGGCGGCGGCGGUGGCGGCCCCGGGGGUUCGGCCUCUGGCCCAGGCGGCAGCGGCGGCGGGAAGACGUCAGUCGGAGCCAUGGGCGGGGGCGUGGGGGCCUCGAGCUCCGGGGGUGGCCCCAGCGGCAGCGGCGGAGGAGGCAGCGGCGGCCCCGGCGCAGGCACCAGCUUCCCGCCGCCCGGAGUGAAGCUGGGCCGUGACAGUGGGAAGGUGACCACAGUGGUAGCCACUCUAGGCCAAGGCCCGGAGCGCUCCCAGGAGGUGGCUUACACAGACAUCAAAGUGAUUGGCAGUGGCUCAUUUGGGGUCGUGUACCAGGCACGGCUGGCAGACACCAGGGAAUUGGUGGCCAUCAAGAAGGUUCUCCAGGACAAGAGGUUCAAGAACCGAGAGCUGCAGAUUAUGCGUAAGCUGGACCACUGCAAUAUCGUGAGGCUGAGAUACUUUUUCUACUCCAGUGGGGAGAAGGUGUACAUGUACCAGCUCUUCCGGAGCUUGGCCUACAUCCACUCCCAGGGUGUGUGUCACCGCGACAUCAAGCCCCAGAAUCUGCUGGUGGACCCCGACACCGCUGUCCUCAAGCUCUGCGAUUUUGGCAGUGCAAAGCAGCUGGUCCGAGGGGAGCCCAACGUCUCCUACAUCUGUUCUCGCUACUACCGGGCCCCAGAGCUGAUCUUCGGAGCCACUGAUUACACCUCAUCCAUUGAUGUGUGGUCAGCUGGCUGCGUACUGGCCGAGCUCCUCCUGGGCCAGCCCAUCUUCCCUGGAGACAGUGGGGUAGACCAGCUGGUGGAGAUCAUCAAGGUGCUGGGAACACCAACCCGGGAACAGAUUCGAGAGAUGAACCCCAACUACACGGAGUUCAAGUUCCCCCAGAUUAAAGCUCACCCCUGGACAAAGGUGUUCAAAUCUCGAACGCCGCCUGAGGCCAUCGCGCUCUGCUCUAGCCUGCUGGAGUACACACCGUCCUCGAGGCUCUCCCCGCUGGAAGCCUGUGCCCACAGCUUCUUUGAUGAACUGCGAUGUCCUGGAACCCAGCUCCCCAACAACCGCCCGCUUCCCCCUCUCUUCAAUUUCAGUCCUGGUGAACUCACCAUCCAGCCAUCUCUCAACGCCAUUCUCAUCCCUCCUCACUUGAGGUCCCCAGCGGGCACUGCCUCCCUCACCCCAUCCUCACAAGCUUUAAGUGAGGCUCAGACCGGCCCGGACUGGCAGUCGACUGAUGCCACAGCUCCCCUCACUAACUCUUCCUGAGGGCGCCACCAACUACCCUUCCAUCUGGGAGCCCCAAGUGGGGCUGGGAAGGGGGGGCCAUUGCCCAUCGAGCUCCUGCCCUGACUGGGCCCCUAGACGAGAGGGCAGAGGUAAAUGAGUCCCUGUCCCCACCUCCAGUCCCUCCCUCACCAGCCUCACUCCUGUGGUGGGCUUUUUAAGAGGAUUUUAACUGGUUGUGGGGAGGGAAGAGAAGGAAGGACAGGGGAUGGGGGGGCAUGAGGACCUCCUUACCCCCUCAGCCCCCUCCCCUCCCCCAGGUCUCCACCUCCUCCAACCCCCCCCCCCCCCCCCCCCCCGGUCCUGUGUCCCUUGUAAAUAGAACCAGACCAGCCCCUCUCCUCCUCUUCCCUUCCCUGGCCCCCGGGUGUAAAUAGAUUGUUAUAAUUUUUUUCUUAAAGAAAAUGUCGAUUCGCACCGUCCAUCCUGGCCCCUUCCCCUCCUACAGCUGUGUUCCCCCCUCCUGUCCUCUGCCCCUAAGGCCUCCUCCCUCCUCUCCCCACCCUGGAGGGCAGGGGCAGUGGGGGAGCUCCUGAUGUCUUAGUUUUCACAGUAAGGUUUGCCUGUGUACAGACCUCCGUUCAAUAAAUUAUUGGCAUGAAAA